UGUCAUGGCCGAACACCGUUAGGUCUUGUCUAUGGUAGAGGUAACAGUUGAAUUGAUCACUGUCGAAACGAGAAUCUCAAAGGCCCCGCCUUUAAAAUCUGUAAAUAUAAUUUACUCGGGCUUUCCGCGAUGAUGCUUUUAUAAAAGAGACAAAAUCUACGAGCCACCAGUGUUGCAAUAAUGGAAACAAGUAAAAUUAUUUGUCUCUUCGCGAUAUUGUCGCAAGCGGCGGCUCUAUUGACGUCACCGCCGCGAAUCGUCAAGCAGCCGACGGUGGAGGAGCUGCUGUUCCAGGUGGCGCAGCCUGGAGAGGUCGACAAACCUUUUAUCAUAGAAUGUGAAGCAGAAGGCGAGCCGGCGCCCAAGUAUAGGUGGAUCAAGAACGGCAAGCCCUUUGAAUAUACGAGCUACGACAAUCGAAUCUCGCAGCAACCAGGCCGUGGUACGCUGGUCGUUAGUAAACCACGCAACGAGGAUCUCGGCCAGUACCAAUGUUUCGCUUACAACGAAUGGGGAACAGCUACCUCGAAUUCGGUUUACGUGAGGAAAGCAGAGCUCAACUCAUUCAAAGAAACCGAUGGACCUCAACAAACAAUUACUGCUCAGGAAGGUCAUCCAUUCAACCUUACCUGCGCGCCUCCUGAUGGUCACCCCAGUCCGAAUGUCUACUGGAUGUUGCAAGGCGAACAAGGGCAGCUCAAGACGAUAAACAAUUCACGUAUGACAUUAGAUCCUGAGGGAAACCUGUGGUUCUCGAACGUAACUCGGUUCGACGCGAGCGUAGACUACGCCUACACAUGUGCCGCAAAAUCAGUAUUCAGAAAUGAGUAUAAGUUAGGUAAUAAAGUUUACCUGCAAGUUGAGCAAACGGGCAUAUCUCCGACAUCGAAUAAGUAUCCCCCUGUCCGGCAAUAUACGACCAGAAGAGUGGAGAAAGCAUGGCGAGGCAAGAAAGUGGAGCUGUAUUGCAUUUAUGGCGGGACGCCGUUACCUCAAGUGGUUUGGAAAAAAGAAGGACGGACGAUAUUAUCAUCACAGCGGAUAACUCAAGACAAUUAUGGAAAAACUUUAGUCAUCAAACGAGCUGGUUACGAAGAUCAGGGAACAUAUACAUGCGAAGUCAGCAACGGUGUUGGUACUGCCCAGACGUACUCCAUCCAGUUAAACGUUGAAGCCGCUCCUUUCUUCAUCGAAGAGCCGCAAUUCCAGAACCUCGCCGAAGGGGAGACAGCCAUUAUAAAUUGUAAAGCUGGCGGUACACCAGAACCUCAAAUAGCUUGGGUGCACAACGGUAAACCGAUAGAGCAAGCGGAAUCUAACCCCAGAAGACAGGUCACGUCUAAUUCCAUCAUCAUCACGGAUCUGGUGAAGAAAGAUACGGGCAACUACGGUUGUAACGCGACCAACUCGAACGGAUACGUUUAUAAGGACGUCUACAUAAAUGUACAAUCCAUACCGCCAGAAAUCAAGGAGGGUCCGGAAAAUCUGACCAAAGUGGACGGUUCGGAAGCGGUUCUCAAGUGUCGCGUGUUCGGCGCGCCCAAGCCUAUCGUCAAAUGGAUGAGAGACGACGUCGACGUCACCGGGGGAAAGUACAACAUAACUUCGGAGGGCGACCUUGUGAUCAGAGACGUAUCAUACACCGACAUGGGCACCUACCAGUGCUAUGCAAAGAACAAGUUUGGAGAAAAGUCUGCAUUUGGAUCGCUUGUUGUUAAAAAACGCACAGUCAUCACGGACAAACCCGAGCACUACGAGGUCGCGGCGGGCUCCUCGGCGACCUUCCGCUGCAACGCCAACGCCGAUGACUCGCUGAAACUGGAGAUCAUCUGGCUCAACGACGGACAGCCGAUCGAUUUCGAGAAUCAACCGAGAUUCCGGAUGACCAACGACUACUCGCUCCUCAUAUCCGACACCACGGAGCUGGAUUCCGGGGAAUACACGUGCAUCGCGCGCACGGCCAUCGACGAGGCGCGCGCCCAGGCGACGUUGACCGUUCAAGACAAGCCCAACCCGCCGGCGCUGGACGGCGUGGAGUGCCACGAGAAGCUGGCCAAGCUGCGCUGGCACUCGAUGGGCGACAACCGCGCGCCCAUCCUGCGCUUCUCGAUCCAGUACAACACGAGCUUCACGCCCGACAGCUGGGACCUGGCCAGCGACAGCGUGCCCGCCAUCGACACGUCGUGGGCCGUGGAGCUGAGCCCGUGGGCCAACUACACGUUCCGCGUGCUGUCGUGGAACAAGAUCGGGCCCUCCGCGCCCUCCGCGCACUCCGACGUGUGCUCCACGCGCGCCGACGUGCCCUACAAGAACCCCGACCGCGUCGAGGGCGAGGGCAGCCACCCUACCAACAUGGUCAUCUCGUGGUCGAAAAUGCCCCAGAUCGAGCACAACGGUCCCGGCUUCUACUACCUGGUGUCUUGGAGACGAAACAUCACGGGGCAGACCUGGACCGAGGAGCAGGUUAGGAAUUGGCAGCAGACUGAACUUGUAGUGCCCAAUACGCCAACCUUCCAACCGUACAAGAUCAAGGUAAUCGCUGUCAAUUCCAAAGGAACUUCGAAUGUCGCCCCAGUUGAAGUUAUUGGAUGGUCAGGUGAAGAUACUCCAUUACAGGCACCAUUAAACUUCACCCUUGUCCAAGUAACUACGGGCACUACAGCAUUGUUGAGUUGGAAUCCAGUGACGCCUGAGUCGGUCCGAGGACACUUUAAAGGAUACAAAAUCCAGACCUGGUCAGAUGGAGAAGAAGACCGGCCGAAAGAAAUUUUGGUUAAAGCCGACGCGUCCAGUGCUCUAGUCUCUAAAUUUAAGCCGUUCAAGAAAAAUAAUGCUAGGAUCCUAGUCUACAAUGGAAGAUUCAACGGACCCCCCAGUGAAACUCUUAGCUUCGUAACUCCAGAAGGUAAACCUGGAACGGUCAGAUCGUUCGAAGUUUAUCCGAUAGGAUCUUCAGCUAUGCUUCUCAAAUGGGACAAACCAUUGGACGAAAACGGUAUAUUGACAGGAUAUAAGAUCUACUACCAAAAAGUCACCGGCACAUCCCUCGGACCACUGCAAGAGAGAAAAAAAGAGAUUGAUCCCAAAUUUGAUCGCGCAAAGUUGGCUGGAUUAGAACCGAACACGAAGUACAGAAUUGAAAUCCGCGCGAAGACAAAAGCAGGAGAAGGAGAUAAAUAUUAUGUAGAACAAACAACAAAGGCUAUGGUCAACGCGGUGCCUGACAUACCAGUGUUCGAGACCAGUACGCUACCGGCCAAGGAGGGAACGGCUCACAUCCUGGUCAGGUGGAUUCCCUCCCUUGACGGUCACGCCGGUACACAUUUUGUCGCCUGGUACAGACUGAAAGGUCAUCCGGACUGGUUGCAGAGCAACGAAGUCACGGAGGACGACUACGUCAUCCUGACGGGCCUGGAGCCGGGGCAGGAGUACGAGGUGAAGGUCACCGCUCACGACGGUGAAUACUUCAGCACCAGCGAAGUCAAAGUUGUCGAUACCAAUAUCGACCCGCGCGUGCGGCCGCGCGAGGAGGCCACGGCGACGGCGGGCUGGUUCAUCGGCGUCAUGGUGGCGCUCGCCUUCCUGCUGCUGGUGCUGGUGCUGGUGUGCGUGGCGCGCCGCAACCGCGGCGGCAAGUACGACGUGCACGACCGCGAGCUGGCGCACGGCCGCGCCGACUGCCCCGACGCCGCCUUCCACGAGUACACGCACCCACUUGACAACAAAUCGCGGCAUUCGAUGAGCAGCGGCACUAAGCCCGGACCCGAGAGCGAUACCGACUCCAUGGCCGAGUAUGGCGAAGGCGAGACAGCGGGCAUGAACGAGGAUGGUUCGUUCAUCGGCCAGUACGGGCGGAAGCGACGCCCGCCCACUUCCGGUCGCUUCACGGAGGACGGCUCGUUCAUCGGGCAGUACGUGCCCGGCGCGCGCGUGCUGCCGCCGCCCGCGCCGCCCGCGCCCCCCGCGCCCGCCGCGCCCGCCGCGCAGCCGCCCACCUACGUGUAGGCGGGGCGGCGCGCUCCGGGUCCCUCUACUGCCACUGUUGAAUUCGUUGAUAUCAUUCGUAUCUAUUUAGUUUCAAUUUAUCACUUCGAGGGAGCCGCUGGUUACGACACGAGCCGCCCGUGACGUCGGCCCCGGUCGGUGUCGGUGAUGACGGCUAUGAGAGAGCUCUUUGAGUUUACACUGUGUUCGGUUUGUUUUAUAUGUACGGUGUCGAACGGGAUGUUUGAUUUCAAUGGAGAUGCGAUUCGUUUGUUUAAGACUGAUUUUAAGUACCCGAGUAAUAUUAUAGUCCUCAUAGCCUGACACUAGGUUCGAAUGUGUGAACAUCGAGGGAUCUCUGUCGCCUCGGAGAUGAGGUUCAAAUUUAUAGGAAAUGAUGGGCUCGCAUAGAAUGUAGGAGGCGGUUCUGGCUCGAUAUCAAUUACUCGUAUGGUAAGUGCGGUAGAUCGCGAAGACUUGGAAUAUAAGAAAUGCUAUUUUUGUCACAGAUAAUAUGGUAUUUGAUUAAAUUUAAAGAAAAAUAUUUGCUCUGAAUGCCGGUGGUCAGAUACGCUGAGGAUGUCUAGAAUACUCUAUUUAUACUGGUUGCGUAAAUCUUAUCAAAACGUAACGAGAAUUAAAUUUGAAUAAUAAAACCUGGCACCAUUCUAACACGUUUAUUUUUUAUAUAAAAUGCAUAUCUUUCUUAUACACUUGUCUACAAAAUUGCUAGGACCACGAUGAGAAUUAUAUUUUAUUACUAUUUAAGAUUAAAAUGAUCAAUUCCGAUAUUUAUUCUUCUAUAUAGAGCAAAUGUAUUCGCUUCUUGCAACUAUUAUUAAUUUCUGUAGCAUUUUAGGGUCCAUCUUUCACCGUUAGCUCCUACUAUACAAUCAAGUGACCGUUAUACAGUAAUGGUCGGAUAGUUUGAUUUGAAUUAUUUAAAAGUAAUAUAUUGUAAAAAACAGAGCAAUUACUCUUUAUAUCAUAAAUAUAUUUUCCUAUAAAGAAUGUAUCGAGUAUUUUUGUAAGCGAGCGGUUUGACCACCGGACGAUGUUGGUGCUUUGCGGAGGUGAUCGGAGACGAUUUGUAUUCGAUGUUGUGAUCGUAUGAAACGUAGAUAAGGUGCACCGUUUGUUUGUCUGUCAGUGUCGCGGCAACUUGCUCAGCUUUCAUUAUAGGAACGGGAGACGAAACGAAUCGAAGUAACCGCCUUGUAAAUCGCAUUACUGUAACGAUAUUAAAAUGAAUCUCAAACUACCGCUCUCUUUAUAUAAAAACGAAUUAAAUAUAAUUAAACCAUAAAAAUGGCCAUAAAAUUUAACUGUUGCUGAGACGUCAAUCGUCAUAAUAUUUUCCCACUAGUGAUAGUAAAUGUUAAGGCUUUUUAUCUCCCAAUUUAAUAUUUAUCUGCCUUUACGCCGCACCAUACAGAUGUUAUGACAAGUUGAUGUUUCCAGUUGUAAUCCUUGACGUGAUACAGACGAGCGCUUCACCAGUGUUGCCAUGCACCAACAUUUCGUUUUGGAAUAUGUACAUGGCAAUUUUUUCGAUCCCAUGUCUCAAAUGUAUCUCGUGUUAGUGUUAAGGGUCUCGUGUUAUCUAAUGUUAGACAGCUAAGGCGUUCGCUUGUCGCUCUACUCCAAUGAGUAUAUAUAUUCUUUGCAUUAUUUAUUUUACCCAACAAAAUACACUGUCGAGUAACUCUUGUCUGUACUCUUUUAUUGUUUAUGCAAUGUUUCAAUGAUCGAGUUCGGUUGACAGUGGAUAUAAAAUGUUUAUUUAUAUAUUUAAUAUUUAUUUAUGCGCCUGAAAGGUGUCGGGUCCUAAAAUACAUUCCACGCGGUCAGACCAAGUUGAUUUUGUGAAAAUAUCCUCUAUUUGUCAAACGUAAGUUGUCAGUCAGAUUUAAUCUGGACAAUGUUUUUAAAACUAGACCGACGGUGGCCGUUGCGUUCGAUAGAAUUACGUUCUGGUCAUGAUUUUUACCUAGCUCGUGUUUUAUAUAUAUUUAUAAUUGCAACACUAACAUUGUUCUGAUUUUGAGCUUACUGAGUAACCUUGGUACCUUAUGACAUUGCAUUAUUAUAUUUGAAAGCACUGUUAUCUUAGCCCCUUUAAGUUGUUUGUUAAGGAGUCUUUAUCAUGUCUAUUGUCUAGUAAGAAUUUAAUAUAUAUAUAUAUAUAUAUUUUAAUUAAUAUAGUAGGAAUGCCUUGUUCGAUUCGCGUCUGUUUUCGUCGCUUUUUUUAUUAAACCGUGCUGUUAAUAAAUGAUAGAUUCUCUCUCGGUAUAAUUGUUAACAUUCAAAAUGACAAAUGACGUUAAAUUGUUGACUCACUCAAAAUUACGGUGAUAUAUAUCACUGCCUUUUCCCUUAAGAAUAUUAGAGUUUUAUAUGUGUUCAUUUUACAUUUUACCUCUUCAACAAUAAACAAAUCGGUUAGUCGAUACUUGCCUUAUAACUGUGGAGGAGAACCAUUUUCAAGUUAGAGAAAAUAGAUAGAUAAUAUCUUACACGAAUGUCCCUCGCUCUUGUACGACGUAUAGCACAAUAUAUGCAUUUAUAAAUGUUUCUGACGUCACAAAAGUGUACCGGUUUUGUAUUCCGAAUUAUUAGUUUACAUGACAAACCUUUGUCAAUUAUGUGUUGCGAUUGAAUAAAUGUGCAGGAAUAUUUCAUUUGACCGUUAUUGUAUUCAAAACUUUGACGUAAUGUAAAAAAUUAAUCUUGUAACAGUUGAAAUAGUAAAGUGUAUUUCUCGAAUAUAUCUUAGUGAAUUUAAGUCUUUGUAUACAGAGUCAUAAUAGAGACACGUUCUUUAAAUAACAAGUGAUGGAGUUAUUAUUUCCGGGUUAUAAGAGUAGUAUAAUAUAUACAGAUGUACUGUACGGGUGUUUCAGAAUGUGUCUCUGUUAUGACUAUUUUUAGCUUUUGAAAUGUUUUCAAAAUAUUGUUCAACUUUAAUUGCAUUUAAAGUUAUUCAUGACAAAAUGUAAGUGUUACUGCCUGAUGUAAUUGGCACGAUGAACAUUUGAGUUGGAGAAUUAAUAAUAAACUGUUUAUUUCGCAUUAAGUGACGGUAAUUUAUUGUAACUACGAUGGAUAUUUUUUUAUGUUGCAUAGAAAAUAAAUUUUAAGAAAUUA